AUGUACAACCUUCUCCUAUUAUCACUUUUCGCCCCUCUUCUCCUUGGCCAAACCUUCUCUCCCCCAGGUUGGGUAUCAAGCGCGAACCUCAACGGCAAACUCUACUGCGCCCGCGCCAGCGACCGCGCCACCUCCCAGAUAGUAGCCUCCCCAGUGCCCAGCAAUACUAUCUGGCAAAUCACUUCUCUGUGCGAAACUACGAAUGGUGGCUUGGUGAAUCCGGAUGAUUGCCAUUUCUCAAUCUUGAAUACUGCCGCCGCUUUUGGACUUUCUGUUCUGUACUGGCAACAAGCCUCAUACUGGGGCGGCGUCAAUGGUGCUAAUCGUCGCUCAACCUCCACAUCCACGGACGCCAUCCUCUCUCGCAUCCCGGCCCAUAUCCCGAUCUCCAAUGUCAAACUCAACAAGUCGCCCAUGCCAGUACGUCGGGCAAAACGUAACGCAGAAGAGUUCAAUGUAUUUUACAACGGUUCCUUACCAUUAACAUUUAUCAUCCACCAUCAACUAAACUCUACCCGUCGCUCAUCUGCUCCGAAAGAAAUCCCCCUCUUCGCUGCUACUGAUGGUCAGAAUAUGUACCUAACCCACAUCACGCCUUUCAACAGCACUCCCGCAGCCUCUUCUUUGGCUAAAAGAUCUGGCUUUGACGGCUUCAACUACGUCGGCACCGGCGGGCUCAAACUGCAAACUAUGUCCGACCCCGUCUCACAAUGGACCGAUGUCUGGAACUGGAUGAACACGCCUACCGAAGCGGGUAAUCAGACCCCGUACGAUGUGGUGCUGGACCAGGCGCAGACGGCGGGGUGGUUGGGGCAUUCGUUUUUGACGUUCGUACACGAUAGUCAGACUGGAAAGGGGGAUAAUGGACAGUGGGCUAUGGAGGGGGAGGUUGGGAGCUUCGGCACGGACUGGGAUCCGAAUUGGAAUUGGUGUUUUGGGGUUUAUCCGCAGAACUGCUAG